AUGGCCGCCAGAGGCUCUUCAGCAGAGUUGGCCGAGCCGCCUGAUGCGACUCACAUUGACGGAUCCAUGCUGGAGGGGGGUGGGCAGAUCCUGCGCAAUGCGACCGCCCUGGCCGCCAUCACCGGCAGGGCAGUGGUCGUCAGCCGCAUACGCGCAGGCCGCAAGAACCCCGGCCUGUCCCCGCAGCACCUGACUGGCCUCAGGCUGGUCGAGGCUAUGUGCCACGGCCGGCUGGGCGGCGGCCAGCAGCGGUCCUGCAGAGUGUCGCUGGCGCCCGGGCGGCUGCUGUGCGGGCAGUACCUCGCAGACACCGGCACCGCCGGCAGCUGCACGCUGAUGGUGCAGCAGGCGCUCCCAUGCAUGCUCUUCGCCACGACGGCGGUGCCCGCGACACCGGACACUCUGUUGGCUGGCAACAGCAGCGGUGGAGCAGCUGCAGCACCGGCGGCACAGGCCGCGCAGCGGUGGAGCCAGCUGGACCUGAGGGGCGGCACGGAUGCUGCGUUUGCGCCGCCGGUGGGCUACCUGGAGCACGUGCUGCUCCCCACCCUCCAGCGGCUCCUGCCGGCAAGCAUUGAGUUGGACGUGCGCCUGCAGCGGCGCGGCUUCUACCCUCGGGGCGGGGGCAAGGUGGUGGCUCGCGCGAGGGCGCUGGCACCGGGUGAGGCCCUGCCGCCGCUGGACAUCACACAGCGUGGCAAGCUCACGCGCAUCCGCGCCCAGGCCUUCAGCGCCGGCCGUGUCCCCCACUCUGACGCACAGCGCAUGGCAUCCGCUGCCCUGGAGGUGCUGCAGGAGCACCUGCACAAGGAGGGGCAGCGAAUUGUGUAUGGCGGUGUGCCUGCAGGGACACAAGGCAGCAGCAGGGGCAGCGAACAGGACAGUGGCAGAAGCGGUGGCCACAGCGGCAGCAGUACAGCAGCUGGGAGCGGCGUGUCUUUGGUGCAAGAGGUGGUGCGCGAGGGCAACGCGACGGCCAUGGGCGAUGGCGGCGGGCUGCUGCUGGUGGCAGAGUCGAACACCGGCCGGCUGUGGGGCGCAUCUGCGCUGUGGGAGCGCGGCGUGCCGGCCAGCAGCGCGGGCAGGGCAGCAGCUGAGGAGCUGGCCGAGGCGCUGGCGAGCGGCGCCUGCGUUGACCAGUGGUGCGCUGGUUGUGUGGGCAAGGACAUAGGGUCGGCUUGCGUCUGA